GCUCAACCUCUCCACGGAUGAACGUUGCCUCAUCAAACAAGCUUCGACCUCUCAGGACAUUCAUCAUCACGGAGCCAUCGCCUCUAAAGAUGCUCCCGGAGCGGCAGUCGUGGUCUCCAAACACCACCACCGCCCGCACCAUCCCCGCGCUGCUUCACCAUGUCCGCCGCCGCCGAUAGAGACCCGUCCCCGGCUGCGACUGCUGCCGAACAUGAGGAGCUUCUCCGUCACGACGCCGACGUCCCCGAAGACGCUGCGCCGCCGCUGCCGUUCGAGCCGCUCUUCACGCUCCUGACCAACACCACCACGAAUGCCACCGUCCACCCGCGCGUCCACUACAUCUUCUCCGACGACGACCCCUCCGUGCUCGCCGCCGCCACCACCGCAGACCCCUCGCACCGCGCGCUCGUCGUGGACCUUGCGCCCGCGCCUGCGAGCGACCCAGGGCGCUGGGCCGUCUCGUGGGCGUCUAGCCUGAGCCCCAACUUUGCUGUGACGGGGUCCAGCGUCGCCGUCCAACAGAACGAGAGCGACGACGCAGGCGAGGAUGACCGCCGGGGCGGGGCCCUCAUGCUGCGCGUCAAAGGCGUCGAGCAUGAGCCGGUCGAUAUGCGCCCCGAUAGCCUGCCGAGCUCUGGUAGCGGCGCCGCGCUAGGCCGUGAGGACGUCGAAGGGCUGGCGGAGGACUUCCGCCGGCGAAUGGGCGUGCUGAAGAAGGUUGUUGACGAGGGCGAAAAGAGGCGGGCUGUGCUAGGGCCGCAGCUAGAUGAGGCUGAGGAUAAUGAUACACCGGAAGUUGCGAUUGUUGAAGACGACGAUGUAAAUGAAAAGUCCAAGGCGGAUGAUUGAGCGGGCACCAGACGGUUUGUCGAACAUCUACAAAGACGGGUCCUCGCUAUAACUCAACAUCUCGAUACCGAAAGGCAGCAUGGCCUUGAGCCUGCCGCGGACUCAUCAAAGGCGAAGUCGUCGUCGUCGCUAAACAUCAACCAACCAGACAUAGCAUGUAGUGUGCUAUAUAGAAUGCAUAGGUGGGCCAGGCACCUCAAACCAUGAAGGCGAAUGGG